AAUGACUCAAAUAGCCCCACUUUAGAAUAUACUCAUAGAUGAUAAUAAUUCAACUUAAAGACAUUCAGAUGGAUUAGGAAUUGCUAAAAAAAUUAAAAAGAAGGAGAAAGGAUGCUUUUGUAGAAAAUAAAAACAGAAAAAAAUAUAUAAAUAUAUUUCACCAGAUGAAUCCUCCUAUGAAUGUGAUGGAUGGGAAGAGGAAGAUUAAUUUAAUAGAUAAUCUGACUAUCGACAAUAAAACAAGGAAAUAACAGAUCUUAAAUGUGUAGCUUGGAACCUUGAACUCAUAAUUAAAAAUGCAAAAUAAUAACUUGCAUAUUUGGAAGGAACUAUGCAAUCAAAUCAUGCAAGAAAUUGAUUUUC